AUGCAGGUACAUUGACCAGCAGAUAUUGUGAAAUUGCUCAAAAACUUUCAGAAGAGCAAGAAGAGCAUCGUAAGGGAUGGUAAUAAUACUGAAAGUUUCACAAUAUUCUUCAAGUACUGCACACGGUCCCCGGCAAUUCAUACUGGUAAAAUCCCCGCCCUGGUAUCGACUAUAACUACAGUAACCUGAAAGUGGGAAUUCUACUUCACCGAUGCUGUUGCUGCCAAGUGUAAGUUUUUCUUUGUUGAAUUCUAAAAUGAUAUUAGCACAUUUUUCAGUCUUUCUUCGGCUUUUUCUGUACUUUCAGCAGUUUUUUUUUUCAAUUUGCCGCAUAUUUUUCCGUUGUACACAAGUCCACAGCAGCGAAAUCGCUGGGCUGAGUAUUUAAUCCACGCAUUUUUCUCGGCCAUUGUAUGAAUUGCCGGGCCGUGUCCAGACUAUUCGAUCUGAUAAAAAUCCUGGAAUUGGCAAGAGAAGUCUGCCAAAAAAAUACCAUUUCCUCAAAGAAAGCAAUGAAUGCAUCACACCUUGAUGGCAAACACAAAACUCUGUUGUUAUUUCUCGAAUUUUCCUACUCCAGAAUCACACACACACACACACAUAUUUCGGGAGUGGCCAUUCAAGUGACCGUUUACAUGUUUUUGGUUCGGCGAAUGUUUGUGCAAAAAUGAAUACAACCACGAGUGUGUGUGUGUGUGUCGAUGACGAGAAAAGUUGUACAAAAAAGUGGGCGGCGCAGGCACCAUUCAAGAAAAGUGAACGAGGCGAGAAAUUGGUUUUCAUUUUUCGCUUUUCGCUUUUCGCUUUUCGUCAAGACAACUUUCGAGAGUCGCAUCUUCUUGGGGAAACAUUUCAUUCAUCCUCCCCGAUACGCCCGUGGAGAUAUCAAAAAGCGGUCAACUGAGAAAAUGUGCAAAAUUGCUUGGCGAACAAUGUAUCUGUCGACAACUUUUUGAUAUCUUAACCGGACGCUUUUCAAAGCUUUAUAAGUCCGAAGUCAAUCGACCAUUAGAGCCAUUAGAGACUGCACGGUCUCCAGAGCUACAAUAUGGGCGUGGCCUCGGCGGCCAAAUGGCGUUUUCAUGAAUUGGGCAGGUUUUCUCUGAUUUUUGUGCUCAAAGGCGAUGUCAAAUGAUUGUUCGACAUGAAAACACACUAAUUCUCACAGAAUUAAUGACGUUUUGGCGCAUUUUUCGUGGAUUUUGCUUUUUCGCCUUCGCCGCCGAUCGCCGCCUAAAGACCGCACUUCUGAUUUUGCGCUUUCUUGUCCGUUUUCAGACAGAAUUGGUUUUGAGAAUGAUAAAUCACGUAAAUACAAGCAUUUUGAGCGCUCGAACCGCGAAAAUUACCGAAAAGCAACUGAAAUUCACGCAGUUUCAGCGAAAAACCUUCAAACGGAUAAAUGUCAUUUACGACUUGACCAAAUUCAACGCUCUUGCGCUUAAAAAAUUCGUAAUGGCCUAUAUAAUCGGUCUAUCGAGAGACAAAUGAGAAAUUAUCGGUUUUUCGUGGCUAAUCUGGCAAAAAACACAAAUUUUGCAGUUAAAAUUUGAAAUUCGCCCCAAUGUGGGGCGCACUUGCGCCCAUUGUCAGCUCUGGAGACCGUCGACUGUUCAUAGUUAAUUUUCGAUAGAACGCUCAACUCGGCCGGACCCGAUGUAAAACUAAAAGUGUUCUGCCAUCUAUUUGUUGUCCUUUCGGCCAUCGGAACGUCUGCGCGCGAUUACUCAUGUCCGUCUGCCGCCUUUCCGGAUUGUUGACAAAGCGUGCGAUACUUCAGUCAGGUCAUCUUUCACAUUUUUCUGUUCAGCGCCGAAACACACACACACAUACUGUUUUCCCCCCACUUUUUGUCUUCUUUUUCAGACUUUUCCUCCUCCUCCUCCUCCUCCUUCUCCAAAUGUCCUAUUACGGUGGUUACGGUGGGUGCGGCGGUGGAAUUCUCGGAUCGGUGCUCGGCUUGGCCGGAGGAGGUGGAUACGGCGGCGGCUACGGUGGUUACGGGUGAGUUGCCGUUUCGCAACCGGAGAUUUCGCAACCAUGUCCCAUUUUCAGACGGUGCGGCGCCGACAACAUCCUCUACCGCUGGCGUUGUUGCGAUUACAGUCCGUACGAGUGUUGCAUCCAACUCGAGACUUGGGUCGUGUAAGUCCCUUCCUUCCUUAAACAAUAUAUUCAAACCAAACCCAGCGUGUUCAUCGUCAUCUUCAUCAUCGGCUUCUUCGUCUGCCUCUGCGCUUGCCUCGCCGGAUGUGUGUGGUCUGCUCGUAAUCGUCAAUGA